AUGAACAGAGCGGUACCGGGGCCCGGAACAGACGGGGUCCAGACCGUGAUAAGCCGGGACAGAGCCGGAGCAGGGCCCGUGGCGGACGCGCUCCAGCCGGUGAUGAGUCGGGACAGAGCGGUACCGGCUCCCGGUCCAGACGGGGUCCAGACGGUGGUGGGUCCGGACAGCGGGGACAUGCUGGACGGAGGCGCCGCCGGGGAGAAGCGGCUCUUUUCCGGCGCCGUGGCCGGAGGCAGAGACGCUCAGGCCGUGGAGAACCACUCGGAACCUCCGCCGACGAACCCGGUGUUAGUCCCGCCGCAGCAGGGCCCCGGCUCCGGGCACCGGACCACCUCGUUCUCCGUCCUGGACAUCCUGGACCCCAACAAGUUCACGAGCAGCCGGAAGCAGCAGCAGCACGCGAGCCACCGGGGAGAGCGCGAGCUGAGCGCGUGCGGAGCCGAGAACCGGAGAGGAGGAGGAGGAGGAGGCGGGGAGCGCGAGCCUGGACCGGAGACCGGGAAGGGCUGCUAUGGAGCGGAGGACUACCAGAGCAAGGAAGGCUUUGUGUACAGAAGUCCAGAUGAAGACGACUACCACAGAUCUGGGACCCCGGACUCGGAGCCUCCAGACGGGCCCUACAGUAGCGAGGAGAGCAGCUCAGCUCUUCCCAGCAACGGAGACAGAGAGCUGGGCCAGCACAGCCACCAGGACACCAGCAGGGACACCAAGAGCCCCAAUGGAGGCUCCGCAGGCCAGAUCAGCAGCGCCCAGACCAAUGGGGGGCAGGGGGCCAAGCCCAAGAGGAAACGCUCCGGCUCAGACUCCAAGUCAGGGAAGCCUCGUAGAGCCCGGACUGCCUUCACCUACGAGCAGCUGGUGGCGCUGGAGAACAAGUUCAAGUCCACGCGCUACCUGUCAGUGUGCGAGCGGCUCAACCUGGCUCUGUCCCUCUCACUCACUGAGACCCAGGUCAAGAUCUGGUUCCAGAACCGCCGGACCAAGUGGAAGAAACAGAACCCCGGAGCUGACACGUCCGCCCCCACUGGCGCGGGAGGUGCAGGAGGCGGGGGCGGUGCCGGUGGAGGAGCAGGGGGCCUGGGGGGCCUCAGCCCUCUCAGCCCAUCCCCUCCGGUCAGCGGGCACCUGGCCAUGCACGCCGGCUACGCCAGCCACCAUCACCCCCCCACCGGGAGCCUGGUCCAGCUGCCUUUCCUCACCGCCAGCCACGUCCUGUCUCCGUUCAUGCUGGGGACACAGAGUUACGCUGCACCCGCCUUCUACAGCACACACCUGUAG